ACUAGUGAGCGGAGAUAUAAGAGUUCGGGUUGUUAGCUGGGGCAGUUGUCGAGAGGUAGGCUAUUGCAAUUGUGAUACAAACCGAAAAAACUAUGAAAUCCGCCUUCGCAGCUGCCGAAACAACGGUAGCAUGGUAGCUUUUGAAGGGAGUUUGCAAGACGAGCGCCGAUAUCUAUACGUUACUGCAAUUGUAACACCGAAUUACUUAUCCCCCUGAUCGAGUCGGGUAAACCACCGUCCGAGAUGGGGAAGGAGGUUAAUGGUGUUUCGCGGAGCCGGUUUGAGAUGUUCUCAAACAGCGAUGAGGCCGUCAUCAAUAAGAAGCUGCCCAAGGAGCUGUUGCUACGAAUCUUCUCCUUUCUGGAUGUGGUGACACUCUGUCGCUGUGCCCAGGUCUCACGGUCGUGGAAUGUGCUCGCCCUGGACGGCAGUAAUUGGCAGAGGAUCGACCUUUUCGACUUUCAGAGAGAUAUUGAGGGGCGAGUGGUGGAGAACAUCUCAAAACGGUGUGGGGGAUUCCUGAGGAAGCUGAGUCUGAGGGGCUGUCUGGGGGUCGGGGACAGCGCUCUGAGAACCUUCUCCCAGAACUGCAGGAAUAUUGAGCUGCUUAGUUUGAAUGGCUGCACCAAGAUUACUGACAGCACAUGUAAUAGCCUCAGUAAGUUCUGUCCCAAGCUCAAGCACUUGGACCUCGCCUCCUGUACCUCAAUCACCAACCUGUCACUCAAAGCACUUAGUGAGGGCUGUCCUCUGUUAGAGCAGCUCAACAUCUCGUGGUGUGACCAGGUGACUAAGGAUGGCAUCCAGGCCUUGGUACGAUGCUGCCCUGGACUCAAAGGCCUUUUCCUCAAGGGCUGCACACAGUUGGAGGAUGAAGCACUGAAGCACAUUGGGGCACACUGUCCAGAGCUGGUCACUCUCAACUUGCAGACGUGUUCGCAGAUCACAGACGAAGGUCUCAUUACUAUAUGCCGGGGCUGUCACCAUCUGCAGUCCCUGUGUGUCUCAGGUUGUGCCAACAUCACAGACGCCAUCCUCCACGCCCUGGGACUGAACUGCCCCCGCCUCAGAAUAUUAGAGGUGGCUCGCUGCUCUCAGCUCACAGAUGUGGGCUUCACUACGCUAGCAAGGAAUUGUCAUGAGCUGGAAAAGAUGGACCUGGAAGAGUGUGUGCAGAUCACGGACGGCACACUUAUCCAGUUGUCCAUCCACUGCCCUCGUCUGCAAGUUCUGAGCCUAUCUCACUGUGAGCUGAUUACUGACGAUGGCAUCAGACAUCUGGGCAGCGGGCCCUGUGCCCAUGACCGGCUGGAGGUGAUCGAGCUGGACAACUGCCCCCUGAUCACGGACGCCUCGCUGGAGCACCUGAAGAGCUGCCACAGCCUGGACCGCAUCGAGCUCUACGACUGCCAGCAGAUCACCCGCGCAGGCAUCAAGAGACUAAGGACCCAUCUGCCUAACAUCAAAGUGCACGCGUAUUUCGCCCCCGUCACCCCACCCCCCUCGGUCGGGGGGAGUCGCCAGAGAUUCUGUCGCUGCUGUAUCCUGCUAUGAUGUGAAGACCACGCCCCUGUCCCCCACAGCCCAACUUCUGACCCGAACACCCCUGGCCCUGCUGCCCCUCCACCCAACCUAGCUCGGCAUGGUCCGAUCUGGCCUCAAGGUAUACAUGCUGGUGUGUGUCCCCGAUUGGCACCGCAGAGAGAGGGAGAGAGCCCAACCACCACAGGGUCUGGGAAGAACCUUCCCAACGACAUUCUCAAACCCACUCACAACAGCCUUUGUCAAACACACACAUCACCACAGAUGAACGUCAGCACAUUCCCUGCUGUCCCCGGGCCCAUGUUCUAAAGACAGCCCAGCAUUACAGGGAGGAUUACAUAAUAGAACCACUGCUGUUCACAGAUUAGGCUCCUGAUAUACUGUAUGGACUACAUGUAGCUAGGGCUCACUUCAUACAAGGUUCCCUAAGGACUACUAUGACCUUUUACUGAAGUAUCAGAAAGAUAGGUUUGGAUAAGAAACUCACAUCCAAUGUGUGUCUGUGGGCGCUGGGCAGAUAACCAGAAACAUGGCUAGAGCUACUAUGAGGAUAUUGGUUUGGUAGAAAUGUCCUCAGAAUCUUUAAACGACUGACAAGCUACCUCUAGACAAAACUGCACUUCAAUGUGAGUAGCUCUUUGUUAGCCUCUGAUUCCAGACUGCCCACUCCAAACCUAUAGCUAGGCCUGUUUUUUUUUUUUUUUUACUAAAGACCCGUUUCCAUUGGCACUUUGAAGUCAACCCAGGUUGGGCUGGCCUUGGUGGGCUAGCUGAAAUUGCAUUUCCACUGCCUCCAAAAAUAAUAAAUGAUGUCAUGUUGCUAGGUAGCCAAUAUGUGACUGCAGCUGGCUUCGCUAAUGUUGCUAACUAGCAAGAUGUUGAAUAAUUUAAUUCACCCUCACCAUGCUGUAACCAGCUGUAACUAACGUUACCACAUACUCCUGUCAGUGCUAGCCAUACUCAGAGCCAUGUAUUUAGAUCGCUAACUAGCUGAACGGUUAGCGUCGUCGUUAGUAUAACUGGCUAGCUAGUUUAAUUCCUACCUUGCUUGCCAUUACAUUGGCUAUUGGCUGCUAGCUAGCUAACCAAUCAAACCAGACGACCGGUUUGAUAUGAUGUAGCUGCGCUGGCUCGAAUUUGAGAAUUCCAUUCGAACCAACUCGAAUUUGCCCCGAAUUUUAAGAGCCAGUGGAAAAGGGGCUUAAUUGAACAGAGUCCUGGUGUCUUCUACAGCCAUUAAACUGCCUACCAAUCCCCCCCACACACACAUAGUGUAGAUACAGUGGGUAGUAGUUAUUCUCUAGACUCAAGGUAGCUACAGCUUAGUUCAGGCCUGCUAAGGGAUAUGCUGAGUUUAUCCAGCAAAAUUACUUUUUAAAGAGUUAUAUGACUCACCUAAUAGUUUACUGCCACAUGACUACACACUGGUGCACACACACACAGCUCAAUGCCCGUUUCCCCUUCCCCUCUCUCUGUUACAACCAGAAGCUUCAUUGUACAAAACAAAAAAGAGAAAGACAAAUAUUUUUCUAAAAAGGACACCAAUUGAGACUUACAUGUGGGGACUUGAGAAGAUGCCAAAUGUUGCAUGUAACAAUUCUAGUUUUUUUUUAAAUCUAAAUGUAAUAUAUGUAAGUACUGUGGAAAUCCAGCACCAUGGUGUGAAGGAGAGAUUUACGUCAAUGGGUCUCACACUAUGAACUAUGUUAAGCCAUACACAUACUGUACACACACAGGUGUGUGUGUGUAUGUGUGUGAGAGAAUGUUCCGGGGCUAUGGGGAGUAGUUUGGACAGUGAACUAGCACCGGUUUUGGAUCUUGGAGACAUAAUAAAUCAGGCCACUGCAAGCUAGUCUUGUCAACAACAACAAAAUAUAGAAUAGAGACACAAACACAUCAAAUUAAAAAGAUUGACGUCACUGUGUGAGUUUGUGAUACCAGGAGGACGGAAAGGAAAAAGCCAACCGAAAACAAGGUAUCUUAAUUUUCAUUUUGUUGCUUUUGAGUUUUUUUUCUCCAUUGGUGAUGAGCAUUCUUGAUGAAUGCGAGCUGGUGAACCACACACGGGUAGAAGAAGAUGCACAGUGUUGGAGUGCCAGGCUGCUAGCAGGCACCAUGAUCUGGUCAGUGACAGUGAUACCCCUUCAACUCCCAUGAGGCCUUGCAGAGGAAAGGGUGACAGUAGAGUUGACCCAGCCUCCAGCGCAACACCCCCCCUCUUUCUGCAUGGGACCAGUGACAUGGGAGGAGGAGGGGCCGCUGGGAUUGGAUAGAUGCGGUCACUAAACAAGGAAGUAGUUUAGAAUCUUGACCUGGAGUGAGCUGAGCGCACAACACUGGCCUGCUGAGAGACAUGUUGGAGUGCAGGGGUAUGUGUCCCAAACCGCCACUACUACCACCUUACCAAAAUACUUUGGCCCCUGCUCAUGAGUAUCAAAGCCUUUCAUCUGGAUCCUUCCUCCUCUCCCACACUUUAACCUUCUCUGUUUUCUGUCUCUCCUCUUCUGUUCUCUCUGUUCUGUUUUUUCUUUUUAUAGUUUAGUCUUUUUUUAGCCUUUUUCUGUUCAAGUUGGUGACUUCUACAGCUCGUUCUCACCCCUCCCCUCUCUCUUUUCCGUUUGGUGUGUUUUGGGUUGGGGCUGUUUUUGUUUUGCAUUCAGUCAUGAGUUCAGUGUUUUCCCCCGUUAAGUUUGAGCCCUCUUGCAGUCCUUGGUUUUGGUCUUAUGCAGUUUGUGUUCUUUUAAGAGUUCUUGUUACCUAAUGUCCAGAGUGUAGCCUUUGUACAGGAGGAAGGGUUGGAGCCAGUGCAAUUUGUAAUAGAAGUUAAUGAUGAGUCGGUAAGGAUGAACCGGUGUUGCUUGUAUGUAUAAUGGAUGUUAUACAACAUAUUGAAUGUGUUUCCAUGAAGGCGUUGUCUGGGAACGGGGGGGGUUAGGGCCUAGGUUGUGUGUUGAUGUAGCAGAAACAGAUUCCUCUCCUGAUGUGCUUUUCCUUUACUUGUUAUGCCUUGGUUUGGGGAUCCCCUAAAACCAUGAUGCAAACUGCUGCCCAGCCCACUAUAGAAAACAAAAAAACAAACAGUUGGUACGCCCAAUAGGAAUUUUUUAAUGUUCUCUAAAACUACAUCUUUCAAACCAACCAGGCAAAACAUUUAAUGAUGAUUAUUUUCUAUUUUGUGAUUUGUCAGUCGGAGUGGGAGGGGGAUAAUGCAAGCUGAGAUUAAUCCAGUCUAAUCUGUUUUGUUUGAAUGUGGGUUUAUGGGGGAUUAGAGAACAUCCAGGAGCCAAGAUGACAGAGAUGCAUAAUGUACUCUCAUACUACUCACCCUCUGGCUGGGUGCAACUGUACUCCCACUGCUCCGUACAGUCUGGAGUUACUAGAGGGAGAGGGAAAGUCAUGGUGACGCCUGGAUCCAUAACACCUGUUUGCCCUCUUCACACAUAGUUGCUGAGUCACAGGCACCACUUAUACACGCUUAGUCAUACACAGACGCACUGAGACUGAGACACACACGGUAUGCACUGACCAUUUGCACUGCCAUGGACCUCUCUGAAUCAUAACUCAGUUCAGAGCGAAGGUAUGCAGAGUAGACAUGCAUGCCUACACAUACACACUAUUGACAGCACAGACAACAGGCAAAUUCAGCCUCAAGCGGUUCCUUUAGAAUUUAUAUAUAUUCAAACACACGAGAACAUGUCCAUACCGGGUUGUCUCAUAAACGACACAAACUACCCUGUAGAAUGUCAAGACUAAACACAUGAAGAACAAUUUAUAGCGCUUCAUCCCUCUGAUUUUCCAGCAGUUUACAUGGAAGAUAACAGAUUACUGUAUUCUGGAUCAGUCCAUUUUCAUGCCCACUCAGUCCCUAUGACUAGACUGUGUGUUGGAGGGGGUGGUGGGAGGACGGCUGGCUGCAUGAACAAGAUGGUGGAUCUAAAGUGUGUUCUUGGUAGUUUGACACCUGGGGAUUACUUUAUUGUUUUUGACAAUGACUGUAGUUCAUCUAAAUUAAUGUAAAUCUUUCCCUUUUUUUUUUUUUUUUUUUUUUUACAAUUAACUGAUUAUAAAUGAAUAUGUAUGUAUGAAUAAAUAUAUAACUAUA